AUGCCCGAAUGGAACUUGGUCUCCUGGAAUGUGAUGCUCGCUGCUCACACCCAAAGUUUCCAUUCCUUGGAAGCGAAGAGCCUCUUCAAAUCAAUGCCAGUCGUGGAUUUGGUGUCAUGGAAUGUUAUAUUGAACGGAAGCUCUCUGGAAGAAGCAAGGCAAGUCUUCGAAGUCAUGCCAGAGAGAAAUAUAGUUUCCUGGAACACUCUUCUUUCCUCGUUCGCGCAGCACGGGCAUUUAGAAGAGGCCAAGCAAAUCUUCUCGGCAAUGCCGGAGCACGACUUGAAGGCCUGGAACUCGAUCCUCUCGGGCUCCGCCAACUUUGAGAACUUUCGCGAGAUACUGCGCCUCUUUGGAGCAAUGCCUGCGAGAGAUUUGAUAUCCUGGACUGUUCUCCUGGCUGCGAACUUCCAGAAUGGUUUCGUCGAUCGGGCCACCAAGAUCCUGGAGCGGAUGGAGCAGCGAGACCUGGUUGCCUGGAGCGUGAUGCUCGCUGGCCUUGCUCACAGCGGCUACUUCCACCGAGCUAUAGAGACGUUCCACUCGAUCAAAACCACGUCUACACCUGACGAGACGUGCUUUGUGCUGGCCCUGCUAGCUUGCGGCCACGCCGGGAGAGUUUACGAUGGAGUCCGCUGCUUCGUCUCGAUGAGCUUGGAUUUUAAAACACGACCUUCCAAGCACCAUUAUACGUGCGUCGUGGACAUGCUCGGUCGUGCCGGCCACUUGGAAGACGCUCACGAUCUUGUCUCCACCACGGCGAUCUUGAGCUCGGAGCGCGGGCCACUGAAACUAUCCUUGAGUUGGGCCCGGGCGAUGGAGCUGGCUACGUUCUUCUUGCAAAUAUCUUCUCAACGGACGUAA